CAAACAGGGCGACAGAUUACAAACAGGGAACCAAUAUCAACAUGGCGUCAGAGUUGACGUAUGGACAUCAACGAAGAGAGGAAGAGGAUGUUGGACUAAAUCUUGGAGAUCUAGACAUAACAUCAGAUGACUUUUUACUCGAGGAAGUUGAUGUUCACAUUCAGGAGAAUCUGGAAGAUGAAAUCGUAAAGGAAGCCUUAAAGACAGGUGUAGAUCUGCGCCAGUACUCGAGACAGAUCGAGUCAGAAUUGCUGCAAGUUGAGAAUGCCUCCAUUCAGGACUAUAUUAAGGAGAGCGAAAACAUUGCCAGUCUUCAUACUCAGAUAGCAGCCUGUGACACUAUACUAGAGCGUAUGGAGCAGAUGCUGAAUGGUUUCCAGUCAGACCUGAGCAGUAUCAGCACAGAGAUCCAGUCCCUGCAGGAACAGAGUGUGGCCAUGAACGUUAAACUCAAGAACAGACAGUCCAUACGUGGAGAGUUGAGCCAGUUUGUGGAUGAAAUGGUCAUACCUGAAAGCAUGAUCAAGCACAUCCUGGACACACCUGUGACAGAGCGAGAGUUCCUAGAGCAGCUACAUGAGCUCAACCACAAGAUCAACUUCGUCAAGGAGCAGUCAUUCAGGGACGCCAAGUCCAGCCUUGAUGUCAGAGACAUUCUGGAAAAACUCAAGAUGAAGGCUAUAGCAAAGAUACGAGAGUUUCUGCUGCAGAAGAUUAACUCAUUUAAAAAACCAAUGGCCAACUACCAGAUACCACAAAACACAAUGCUGAAAUUUAGGUUUUUCAAUGAGUUCCUCCUGGCCAAUGAGCGUCACGUUGCCAAGGAGGUGAGGGAUGAGUAUGUGGACACAAUGAGCAAGAUCUAUUACUCCUACUUCAAGGGCUACCAGAGUCGACUCAUGAAACUGCAGUUUGAGGAGUUAGCAACGAAAGAGGACUUGAUGGCUGUCGAUGAAACCACUAAGAAAGGGUUUUUCACCACUAAGACAGCAUUAAAGAACCGAUCGACCGUGUUCACUAUUGGCAAACGAGGUGACAUCCUCACCACAGAACUAGAGGCUCCAAUUAUAGUUCCUCAUGCAGCUCAGAAGUCUGAGAACAGGCACACCUUUGAGAGCCUGUUUCGCAGUCUUCACUUCGCCCUCAUGGACAAUGCCAGUAGAGAGUACCUGUUCCUCACUGAUUUCUUCAUGGCAUCAACUACAACAGCCUUGGAUCUGUUCAACACAGUGCUUGGGAAAACACUCUCAAUAUUCCUGAAAGGCAUGGAAGAGUAUAUCAGUGACUGUUACGACUCUAUAGCAAUUUUCCUUUCUAUCCACAUUGUUCAUCGUUACCGGACCAUUCUUGCCGACAGAGGUGUACCAGCGCUUGAAAAAUAUUGGGAGAGCCUACUGCACCUGAUGUGGCCCAGGUUUGAGUACAUCUUGGCACUAAACGUCCAGAGUGUGCGGGACUGCGACCCAGAAAAGCUGGGAACCAUAGAUGUCAGACCAAACUAUAUAACGAGGCGUUAUGCUGAAUACUCGGCGGCCAUCUUGGCGGUGAACCAGCAGUACCCGGACGAGCGUGUGUACAGGAUACUGGAGCAACUGCAAGCGGAGGUGCAGAACUUCAUACUGAAACUUGCUGCUGAGUUCCCACACAGGAAAGAGCAACUUAUCUUCCUCAUCAACAACUACGACAUGAUGCUUGGUGUAAUUUCUGAGCGGACAUCAGAGGAGUCUAAGGAGUCUGAAAGUUUCAAGGAGCUACUGACAGCUCGCACCCACGAGUUCAUUGAUGAGGUGCUGACACCGCACUUUGGGGGCAUGAUCAUGUUUGUUAAGGACUGCGAGGGAUGCAUUGAGCGCGGCCAACUGGACGCCUUGAAGAACGAGGAGAGACGUGUGACCCUGAUAGUGAAGGGAUUCAAUGCUGACUGGAAAAGGGCCCUGGAGUACAUUAAUGGGGAAGUGAUGAGAGCGUUCACAAACUUUAAAAAUGGCACACUCAUCCUUCAGGGAGCCUUGACCCAGCUGAUCCAGUACUACCACAGAUUUCAGAAGGUUCUCAACCAGGGGCCGCUGAGGCAGCUACAGAUCAGGAAUGAGCUCAUCAACAUCCAUCAUGUGAUGGUCGAGGUCAAGAAGUACAAGCCUACCUUCUGAAUGGGUUGUGUUAUGGGCACUUAAAAGUGUUGGCCAAGUAUAUGAAUAGGGUUUGCUAUGGGAGCUUAAAAAUGGUAGCCAGUUGCUGAAUUGUGUUCGCUAUGGGAAUUAAAGUGCUAGCUAUUUUUCUGAAUUGUGAACCCCAUUUGAACUCAAGUGCUUUCCAUUCUUCUGAAGUGUGUUCAAUGUGGGAACUUGUUCACACAAUCAACUUGAGCGUUGCAGCUGUGCAAUUCUGAAAUGAAAGAGUGUGUUACAAGAAAGGACUUCUACAGUGAAACAUAGAAUUUUAUUAUGUUGUGCAAUAUGUUUAAAAGUUGACAAUUUUAUUAGCUCAUCUAUUUUUUGAAAAAAAAUUAUGAGCUAUUGUCAUCAUCUUGGCGUCGGCGUUGGCGUCCGGUUAAGUUUUGCGUUUAGGUCCACUUUUCUCAGAAAGUAUCAAUGCUAUUGCAUUCAAACUUGGUACACUUACUAACUAUCAUGAGGGGACUGGGCAGGCAAAGUAAGAUAACUCUGGUGUGCAUUUUGACAGAAUUAUGUGCCAUUUUUAUACUUAGAAAAUUGAAAAUUUUGGUUAAGUUUUGUGUUUAGGUCCAUUUUAUUCCUUAAGUAUCAAAGCUAUUGCUUUCAUACUUGCAACACUUACUAACUAUCAUAAGGGGACUGUGCAGGCAAAGUUAUGUAACUCUGACUGGCAUUUUGACAGAAUUAUGUGCCCUUUUUAUACUUAGAAAAUUGAAAAUUUGGUUAAGUUUUGUGUUUAGGUCCACUUUAUUCCUACAGUAUCAAAGCUAUUGCUUUCAUACUUGCAACACUUAUUAACUAUCAUAAGGGGACUGUGCAGGCAAAGUAAUGUAACUCUGACUGGCAUUUGGACGGAAUUAUGGGCCCUUUAUACUUAGAAAAUUGAAAAUUUUGGUUAAGUUUUGUGUUUAGGUCCAUUUUAUUCCUUAAGUAUCAAAGCUAUUGCUUUCAUACUUGCAACACUUACUAACUAUCAUAAGGGGACUGUGCAGGCAAAGUUAUGUAACUCUGACUGGCAUAUUGACAGAACUAUGUGCCCUUUUUAUACUUAGAAAAUUGAAAAUUUGGUUAAGUUUUGUGUUUAGGUCCACUUUAUUCCUACAGUAUCAAAGCUAUUGCUUUCAUACUUGCAACACUUAUUAACUAUCAUAAGGGGACUGUGCAGGCAAAGUUAUGUAACUCUGACUGGCAUUUGGACGGAAUUAUGGGCCCUUUAUACUUAGAAAAUUGAAAAUUUGGUUAAGUUUUGUGUUUUGGUCCACUUUACCCCUAAAGUAUCAUAGAUAUUGCUUUCAUACUUGGAAACACUCGCAAAUUAUCAUAAGGGGACAGUAAAAGGACAAGUUGCAUAACUCUGGUUAUCAUUUUUACGGAAUUAUUGCCCUUUUUUGACUUAGUAACUUUGAAUAUAUGUUUAAAUUUUGUGUUUCGAUCCACUUUACUUCUAAAGUAUCAAGACUAUUGCUUUCAAACUUCAAAUACUUUCAUGCUAUCAUGAGGUUACUGUACCUGGCAAGUUGAAUUUUACCUUGACCUUUGAAUGACCUUGACUCUCAAGGUAAAAUUAGUAAAUUUUGCUAAAAUUGCCAUAACUUCUUUAUUUAUGAUUAGAUUUGAUUGAUACUUUGACAAAACUACUCUUACCUGACAUACCACAAUAGACUCCACCCAAA